GUAUAAGAAAAGCUACAACAAAACAAAAACACGUUGAAGCGAAAUUGUGUGAAAAGAAAAAUAGUAGUAAUUGCCGUGACACUGAAAAUGGAAGCACACAAUUCCGAAUCAGUUGGCAACAAUUCACGCUGCGUAUUUUUUAAUACGCACUCAGAAGACUAUCGAUGCGUGGUGAUUUUAACAGUAAAACGAGCCACGGGAACUUUCUCCUUAGUAGGAUGCGUCUUCAUGCUAUUUCUGAUCUGGCUGCUUCGAAGGUAUCACUCUUUAGCCCAGAAGAUGAUUCUUAGCCUGACUAUAGCCGCCUUCUUCGACAGCGUAGCAUAUGUCAUGGGUGAGUCCCAUCCGGAGGGAUCUCUUUGUGACUUCCAAGCCUGGUGGCUAACGUACUUUGACUGGAGCGCCUUGGCUUGGGUUUGCCUCAUCACACUGAACCUGUAUCUCAACCUGGUCAGGGAAGUAAGCACCAAGAGAUACGAGAUGUUGUACCAUCUGAUGGCAUGGGGGGUGCCUUUGGUCAUGGCCUCUCUGCCGCUGUUCAAGGGUUACUACGGCCCCGCGGGAGCCUGGUGCUGGAUCACAGACGAUCACGUAGCCUGGAGAUUUGGGAUAUGGUACGUGCCUCUUUUCAGCCUCAUCUUCCUUAUGAUCUGCUGCUACGCCAGGAUCAUCUUUGUGGCCAAUAAGAGAAUGCAGUCGUGGUUGGGAACCUUCAACCCAGAGAGGGAGAGACGUAAGGUUUCCCUGGCCGAGGAGAUCAAGCCGCUGAAGUGGUACCCCUCCGUCUACCUGCUGGUGUCCAUCUUUCCCCUCAUCAACAGGCUCCAUAAUGCCUUCUACCCUCAAGAUCCGUCCUUCUCCCUAACCCUGCUGCACGUCCUGUCGGCACCGCUCCACGGCCUGGCCAACGCCUUCGUCUUUGGCCUGGAUAGGGAGUGGUGGAGCCUAGUGAGCCCAACUGGCAUGAAGCUGGCUCUGCAGUCGCGGCUUUGUGACAGGACUCGGAUCGGAGAGUACUACCCCGGGGCGGUGCGCUACACACAGGCUGACCUGGUCGACCUCAGCGAUGACGACGACGAUGACACCAACGUGCUCUUCUACUCCCCUGACAUGACCCUGAAAGACAGAGGGCCCUGAGAGGGAGCAGGAGACAGGGAGGGAGACAAAAGAGGUGGAGGAAGGAGCACGGAGGAGGGUCGCAGCCAGAGAGAAACGGAUUAGAAACUGAGAAGGGGAGGAAGAAAGAGGUAGGGAGAGAAUGGAAGGGAAGAUUGGGGGGACAGUCAGGCAGAUAGAAGCCGGAGAUGAGCUGUCAGGUUCCAUUAUUAAUCCCCAUCCUUUACUAUUUAAUAUCCUAAAGACACACACUCCACACAUACUGAGCAGAGCUUCGGCUCCCUGCAACACUACUAUCAGAAAGAAGGAGCGCUCUUAGGAGCCAGCCGAAUCCCAAAGGUCUUGAAACAAUUUCCCUCUCCGCGCACCAUCUUCUUGGUUCCUGUGCUCUGUAGCGUGUUGGCACGCCGGAAAAAUAUGAAAGAGGAAAGAGAAAAAAAAAAAAAAACAAAAAAACACAAAGGACUGCUGAAAGGCAA